AUGGAGCCCCUCAAGCUGUCCCCAGCCCUGCUGCAGCCACAGGUCACUGUGGUGGCCAUCCUGGAUGAGCUGCUGGCCACUCUGCCCAGGCGGGAUGAGAUGAUGUUGCUGCCCAAGUCUGCAGAGAGCCUGAACUGGGACCUGGAGGACUUCACCAGGGAGCUCCGGGCCACCAUAAAGUGCAUUGAUGACACCUGGUGGCCCGACAUUGUCACCUCCGAUGGUGAUGACCCUGUCACCUCCCUGAGCCAGGCCCUGGCUGCCCACAAGAGCACCCCAUGGACCGCCUGGGACCAUGUGAAAAUGGAGGCCAUGAUGUGGCAGGGCUUGGUGGACGUGCUCAUGGAGAGGUGGGUCAAGCUAUCUGGGAAGGCCACCAAGCUCCGCAGCCUCUGGUGGAAGGUGGUCACUGAGGCGGCCGACAUGGCGAUCACCAUCACCUCCUUGGCACGCUACCGGCAGGACAAGGCUGCCCGUGAUGGGACAGCUCAGGAAAACAUGGUGGAGCUGGGUCAGGCCCUGGGCAGGGAGGAGGGGGCCAAGGGGGUGGCCGGGCACGAAGCCUGGGUGAGGAGAGAUGCCAGGGUUGCUGGCAGUGAGGCAACAAGGGCCACCAAGGAGAGACAGUUAGCGGAGGUGGCCCUGGGGCUGCUGGAGCGCUUGGUGGCCGCGUGUGACAAAGCCACCGCCCUCCCCCGGGAGCUGCAGUGGCGGCUCGAAGACAUCGAGGACACCCUGAAGGGGACAAAUGAGGCAUCCCAAGAUGUCCCCGAGGACUUGGUGGACAAGGUGGCUGAGGCCAAGCGGCUGUGGGAAGCGAACGCCCACCUGGCCAAGGAUCACCUGCUGGGGGUAGUUGACGACAUCGUCAAGAUCUAUUUCUAUGGUGCUCCCGCCAGCCCCAGUGCCUGUGGGGUGGCCGAGCGGUGCCAAAGUGCCAUCGAGGACAUCCCAAGGCUCCUUCAACUCCUGGAUCGUCCCCAGAGCAUCCCCAAAGUGUCCCCAGUGAGCAUGAAGCUGCAUGAGGUGUGA